AUGAGUUCGGUUUCCGUCUUAACGACUUCGUCCUUACGGACGGCCGCACGGCCAUACAUUUACAUUAAUCUUGGAUCGCGAAGCUAUUCGGGAUUAACAGUCGCCAAACUCACCAACUCGCACAUGUUUACUAUCCACACACAAAACCCACCAUUGACCUACACGCCCAAGCGUGCCAUUUCGUCUACAGCGAAGAACCAGAUCAAAGAAUUCUUUCCACCCCCACAAACCCCUGGCGUGAAGGAAGUUGAAACGGCAUGGAUGCACCCUGUGUAUUCGGAAGCCCAAAUGAAAAACAUCAAGAUUGCACACCGCGAGGCCACAGACUGGGCAGACUGGGUGGCCCUGGGCACAGUCCGUGUCUUUCGAUGGGGCAUGAACGUUGUGACCGGGUACAAGCACCCAAAACAUGGGGAGGAACCAGCUGCCAGAUAUAAGAUGACGGAGAAGAAAUGGAUGCAACGGUUCAUCUUCUUGGAGACGGUCGCCGGUGUUCCUGGUAUGGUCGGGGGUAUGCUCCGCCACUUACGCAGCCUCCGACGCAUGAAGAGAGAUAAUGGAUGGAUCGAGACUCUCCUAGAGGAAGCCUAUAACGAACGAAUGCAUCUUCUGACAUUCCUCAAGAUUGCCGAGCCCGGAUGGUUCAUGCGCCUAAUGGUUCUCGGCGCACAGGGUGUCUUUUUCAACGGUUUCUUCGUAUCCUACCUCAUCUCCCCUCGCAUCUGCCACCGGUUUGUGGGAUAUUUGGAAGAAGAGGCAGUCAUCACAUACACCCGUGCUAUUGAGGAGCUGGAGGCCGGAAAACUGCCAGAGUGGGAAACCCUUGAGGCACCUCAAAUCGCGGUGCAAUACUGGCAGAUGCCGGAGGGUCAGCGUACCAUGAAGAACCUGUUGAUGUACAUUCGAGCCGAUGAGGCCAAGCACCGAGAGGUCAAUCACACGCUCGGUAACUUGCAACAAGCGAUUGACCCCAAUCCCUAUCAGAGCAAGUACCGAGACCCGACCCGGGAGCAUCCGACCAAAGGGAUUGAGAAUCUCAGGGGGACCGGUUGGGAACGAAAAGAAGUCUUUUGA